AUUUUGCGUUGGGAUCUCAGAAUUUCCCCAUGUCUUAAACGUUGGUAAACAUCAUUUUGGUGGCUGCGUGAGAAUUCUUGGUAUGAUUGGUUUCAGUGCUGUUGGCCAUUCCAGGUUAAUCCAGUUUUGUUUUUCCAUUUUUAGUACAACCUGCUGUGCUGACCUUCCUUGUACUUUCAACUGUGUCCUCAUUUCUGAUGGUCUAUAAGGACAAAGACCUAGAAAUGGAAAUAUGGGGUCACAGGCUGUGGGCAUUUCUUUCUGAGAAAUGUGUGGCCAGAAGGGUGAUGUGCUUUGCGUUCAUUUCCUGUCCCCCCCCCCCUUUGCAGGGUUUGCUGGGACUGGUGUCACUCCACCUGCACCAGUGUCCUGCUAGGGUUGACGUUUAUUUGCGAAAGUAAAAAUUCUCAGCCCUGCCCAACUGGGAGAGGCGAGGCUCUGGCUAGUGACAGGCUGCAUGCAGACCCAGCUAAUGAGACCGCCCUGAGAAGGGCAGGCGCUGUAGGGAAGCAGAUUUGCGGGGGCGGGAAUAGUCUGUUUACAGAGAGAGUCAUCUCAAGGCUGCUGGGUUCCCAGUUAGCACGAGGCUGCAACAGGUGGUUUCCUGGGUGGCUAGCCAAGCCCCAAGCAGACAGGAAGCGUCACACCUGUGCUUAGCUCAGGGGUAAAUGUUGUCAUCAGUAACCAGGGAGACUGUUGCAUCUCCAUUCCUGCUCUGACCGGCUAAAGCCUUUUCCAAGGUGGCUUCUUUUUUAAUUGUUCUUGUUCUUUUGAGGAGGGGGGAAGUUAAGAAUUUGGCAGAAGAGCUUAGUUAGGUUGGGUCUUGAUUUAAAAAAAAAAAAAAAAACCAUUGCCAUCUAGUCGAUUCUGACUCAUGGCGACCCUACACGCUUCAGAGUAGAGCUGCUCCAUAGGGUUCUAAAUGGCUGUAAUCUUACAGAUCACUAAGGCUUUUUGUCAUGGUUCUGCUGGAUUUGAACCACCAACCUUUAGGUUAGUCUAGCACAAACUGUUUAUACCACCCAGACACCUGGCAGGUGGCUCCCUUGUUGUCUUGGAGUUAAUUCCAACUCAUAGUGACCCCGUAGAGUAGAACUGCCCCACAGGGUUUCCAAGGCUAUAAAUCUUUAUAGAAGCAGCUGCCACAUCUUUCUCUCACAGAAUGACCGGUGGGUUCGAACUGCUGACCUUUCGGUUAGCAGCCAAGUGCUUAACCACUGUGCCACCAGGGCUCCUUGGCAGGUGGCUGGGAGAACAGAAUAUUAAUGCCAACGAGACCAUCAACAGCUAGUGUUUCAGAGAGCUCGGCUCUUUGCAAGCAUCUCUACCACAAACAUGCGAGCUACACGCCCUUGGUGCUCCUAGCUUCUCUGCGUUGUUAUUCUCGCCCUGCUACAACUUGCUGGCCUUACACUGAACACCCACCUCCAUGAGCUCUUGGACUCUGUGAGGCAACAACCUGUUUUACAGAUGAGGAAACCAGGCUCAGAGAGUUUAACUUGUCCGAGGUACCUAGCUGAGAAGUGGCAGAGCCAGAAUUUUACCCAGGUUUGUCCAUCUCUAAGACCUGUACUUCUAACACCUGCCAUAUACCCCCUUCAUACGCCUGAUAUUGGCUGAGCACCUACUGUGUGCCAGAACGCUAGGGUCGGGUGAGAAUACAGAGAGCAGCCAGGCUGACGUUCAGCAGCUCACAGCAUCGUAAGGGGUGUACUGGCUUCCUAUGGCUGUUGUAACAAAUCACCACAAAUGUACUGGCUUAAGGCUUGUGAUGACUUCUUGGAGUCCCUGGGUGGCGCAAAUGGUCAAGCGCUUGACUAUUAGCCAGAAGGUUGGCAGUUCAAACCCAUCCUUGGAAGACAGGCCUGGCCAUCAGCUUCUGAAAUACCACAGCCUUGAAAACCCUAUUCGGAAGAGACUUGAGGGUAACCAACAGCAGCAAGUGGCUUAAAACAACACAAAUUUAUUCUCUUACAGUUCUAAAGGUCAGAAGUCUGCAGUGAGUCUUCCAGGGCUAAAAUCAAAGUGUUGGUACGGCUGUUUCAUUCUGGAAGCUCUGGGGAGAGUCCGCUUCCUUGCCCUUUCCAGCCUCUAGAGGCGUCUAACAGCCCUUGGCUUGUGGUGCCUCCAUCCGUCUUCAAAGCCAGCGGCGUAGCAUCUUCUCUCUCAGACUCUGCUUCCCUCUGUUUCCAUCACAUGGCCACCUUCUCUUCUGUCUUCUCCGUCCAAUCUGUCUCUGCCUCCAUUUUUUUAAGGACACUUGUGAGUACAUUUAGGGUCCUCCCAGGUAAUCGAGGAUCUUCUCCCAUCUCAACAUCCUUAGCUUGAUCACAUUUGCACAGUCCCUUUUGUCACACAUUCCAGGGUUUGUUGGUGUCAUCGUUGUUGGCUGCCAUCGAGUCGGCCCUGACUCAUGGUGACCCCCAGGCACAGGAGAACAAAAGGCUGCCCGGUCCUGCACCAUCUCCAUGAUCGGUUGUGGAUCAUCAAGAUUUCAUUGGCUAAUUUUUCAGAAGUAGACCUCUAGGCCUUUCUUCCUAGUCUGUCUUAGUCUGGAAGCUCUGCUGAAAUCUCUCCACCAUGGGUGACCCUGCUGGCAUUUAAAUACUGCUGGCGUAACUUCCAGAAUCACAGCAACAUGCAAGCCGCCACAGUAGGACAAACUGACAGGUAGUGGUAGGUGCUGCCUAACAGUUGGCACUCUGUCUGGCAAUGCCCAAGAUGAGCUCAGACUUCUCAGUGUGCCUCCUAAGACCCUUCAGCUUGGAUCUGACAAUCUCUUCAGCCUCAUCCUUUUCUCUUAGCAGAGCCCUGUGCUCUAGCUGCUCUAGUUUCAGUUGUUCAAACAUGCCUGCUCUCUUAACAGCUAGGCCUUUGCAUCUUCCGUUCCCUCUGCCUAGAGUACAGCUCCCUUUCCAGCCCUACUUUCUCACUCAGGAUUCUUUUUCAGCUUUCCUGAGUCUUACCUCUUUCUAGAAACCUACUCUGGUCCCCAACUUCAUUAGGUGCCCUCCUUGGGCUUCUUAGCUGCCUGGACAGAUGGUAGCCGUUGCCAUGUUGCCCACGUUAACUCUCCGAGAGCAGGAACCCUGUGUUAGUACUUCUAAGCUCUCUGGCUCAGAAUACAGGGCUGAUGUGGGGGGAGGCUGCUGUAGCAGCGGGGUUGCUGUAUGGGGUUUAGUGGUAUGGAAUAGUGCAAACAGUUUGUGCUCAACUACUUACCUAAAUGUUGAUAAUUUGAACCCACCCAGCAGCACCACGGAAGAAAGGCCUGGCAAUCUACUUUCAAAAAGAUUAUAGCCAAGAAACCCUAUGGAGCAGUUCUACUCUGGGACACAUGGGGUCAUCAUAAGUUGGAAUCGACUCGAUGGCAGCGGGUUUUAACGGAGUGGACCGGAGACCCAGGUCAUCUUCCAGGCCCCACCAUUCUGUAGUUGUAAAAGCUUAGACCAGUCACUCUACCUUUUGGGUCUCUUUUCUCUGCUGCAAAAUGGGCAUAAGACCUUCCUUAAUCUGCCUUGGGGAAAGUACAGCCAGAACGCUCCUUAGAAGCGAGGGUGGAGAGACUUUGUCUCACAUACUUUGGACAUGUUAUCAGGAGCAAUCGGUCCCUGGAGAAGGACAUCAUGCUUGGUAAAGUAGAGGGUCAGUGAAAAAGAGGAAGACCCUCAACGAGACAGACUGACACAGUGGCUGCAACAAUGGCCUCAAGCAUCACAACGAUUGAUUGUGAGGAUGGUGCGGGACCGGGCAGUGUUUCGUUCUGUUGUACGUAGGGUCGCUAUGAGUUGGAACCGACUUGAUGGCACCUAAUAACAACAGCAAAGUCACAGAGUCAUUGAAAGGCCCUGUAACUAAUGGACGAUGGGAAACACUUUGUAGACUGGAAGGUGAUGUUGGAAUGUGCCCGAGAACUUUGCUGUUCAGUAAUUGAUUACGGGUUGGUUGAGGAGGGUGGAGAGGGAAAUGCAGAGAGCUGCUAGGAGCUCUCCAUUCCCCAGAGACACAGGAGCACGGGGACAGAGGCAGGUGUGUUUGCACAUGAAUCAUGAGCUGCAGGAUCCCUUGAAAGAUGCAGAACCCCAGGGCUUCCAGCUUUGUAGCCGCAUGGAGGUCUGAACGAGGCUAAAGAGGUGGUUCUCAAAGUGUGGUCCCUGGUCAGCAGCAUCAGCCUCCCCUGGGAACUUGGUAAAAAUGCAAAGUUGAGAUCCCACCCCAGACUUCCGCCUCAGACACUCCAGAGGUGGUGCCCUGCAAUCUGAGUGUUAACUCUGAUGUGUGCUCAAGUUUGAAAACUCUUGCACUACAGGAAUGAUUAGCUGCUAACCUAAAGGUCAACAAUUCGAACCAACCUAGUAACUCUGUGGGAGGAAGGCCUGGUGAUCUGCUUCUGUAAAGAUUACAGCCAAGAAAACCCCAUGGGACAGUUCUACUCUGUAAUACAGGCGGUCGUCAUGAGUUGAGUCAUCUCGACAGCCACAGGUGCUUUGGUUUGGCACUACAGAAAGGAUGACUCUUGCUCACUGCCCUCUCUCCCUUUCUGAGCAAGUGAAAACUAUGGAUGCACCUGCUGCCUGUUGCCAGUGCCUGGCACCCCAGAGAUGCUGGGCCUCAGAGCCACACGAGUUGAGAGGGAAAAUGUGCAGAAGAGGACCUUUACCCGCUGGAUAAAUCUACACCUAGAAAAGUGCAAUCCUCCGCUAGAAGUUAAAGAUUUAUUCAUAGAUAUACAAGAUGGCAGAAUCCUGAUGGCUUUGUUAGAAGUUCUCUCUGGGCAAAAUCUGCUGCACGAAUACAAAUCCUCAUCCCAUCGUAUUUUUCGGUUGAACAACAUAGCGAAAGCGCUUAAGUUUUUGGAAGAUAGCAAUGUAAAACUGGUUAGCAUCGACGCAGCAGAAAUAGCGGAUGGCAACCCUUCUUUGGUUCUUGGGCUGGUGUGGAACAUAAUCCUCUUCUUUCAGAUUAAGGAGCUCACGGGAAACCUCAGCAGAAACUCUCCAUCUUCAAGCCUGUCACCCAGCUCAGGGGGCACAGAUUCGGACUCCUCCUUCCCACCCACGCCCACUGCAGAGAGGAGCGCGGCGCUGUCCCUCAAAGACCAGAGGAAGGCCAUCAAGACCCUGUUGGCGUGGGUGCAGAGGAAAACCAGGAAGUACGGUGUGGCGGUUCAGGACUUUGCAGGCAGCUGGAGAAGUGGGCUGGCUUUCCUGGCUGUGAUAAAGGCCAUUGACCCCAGCCUGGUCGACAUGAAGCAGGCUCUAGAAGAUUCCACACGAGAAAAUCUCGAGAAGGCUUUUAGCAUCGCACACGAUGCCCUUCACAUCCCCAGACUCCUAGAGCCAGAAGACAUCAUGGUUGACAUGCCCGACGAGCAGUCCAUCGUGACCUACGUGGCGCAGUUCCUAGAACAUUUUCCGGAGUUGGAAGCCGAAGAUUUUGUGGAUUCGGAUAAAGAAUUCCCUAUCGAAUCAACGUUUGUCCGCAUCAAAGAAACCCCUCCUGAACAGGAGAGCAAAGUCUUCCUUCUGACUGAAAAUGGGGAGCGUGCCUAUACCGUCAACCAUGAAACCAGCCACCCCCCACCCGCCAAAGUCUUUGUGUGUGACAAGCCUGAGAGUGUGAAGGGGCUCCAGCUGCAGCCCUGCCUGGGUGGUGCUUCCAGUGGUGCACUGCCAGACAGCCCCUGCAACCUGAUGCACUGGUCCACUGAGCAGGGUGUUCCCUACAAAGCCAGUGAUGUCAGUGAGCCAUCACCGGAGACUUCCAUUUUAUCAUCCAGAAAGGACAGUCGCAGGGCCAGCUCCUUGCCAACCAAGAAGACCGUCCACUUCAAGGCAGACAUUUACAAGGACGCUUCGUGUAGUAGAGACCCUUUCUACAGUCAAGGUGUGGGCUUUGAAGAGAGCCUAAGAGGGGCAAAGGACUCUUUGAAGCAGGAUGGACACACCAUGGCCAACGAGGCUGAUGAGGGAAAGAAACCAAAACAGGACGCCCUAAAGACCCUGGAAGCAGCCUCCAACAAGGCCCCAGAUGAUGUGUCUCUGGCGGAGGGCGAGCUCAGUGGCUCUCAGUCUUCCCAGGGCACUCCUGCCUGGAACGGGGCACCGGACAAUACAGCUGACCACAUGGGAGAAAGCCAUUCUGUUGCAUCUGCUGGAGAAAGCACCAUUGUGGCUGAUUCCUUGGAGAUCAAGGUUCAGCUGCUGAGUGUAGAAGCUGUGGAGAAGGAAGACUCUUUUGAAAGCAUACCAUUAAAAGCCUCUAAAUUUAGUAGAGACCUAGUCGAUUUCGCCUCUACCAGCUAUGCUUUCGAUGAGACUCCUUCACUUCCUGAAAACGAGGCCACCGAGAGUGACGCCUCAGAGGACCACGUUGAAAAACUGGGCAAAAGGAGAGCUAAAUCUGCUCAUAAAAACAAAGAGCCGUUCACACCCCAGCUGCCAUCUGACGAACAUGAACCUCACAAGGACCCCGGGCAAGACGUGCCAGGCUCUUCUCUGGCCCCAGAAGAGGCGCCCGUGGAUAGGAAACCGGAGGUGCAUGAAAAGGCGAAGCGCAAGUCCACGCGCCGUGGUGGCGAGGAAGAGGGGGAAGAAGAACGGUUCCUGGAGGAUGAGGGAGAGCUGCCUUCCAACCCUCCAAGCAGCAGUGUCAGCCUGGAGACCCUCAGGAGUCACAGCGAGGAAGGCCUGGACUUCAAGCCCUCCCCGCCCGUCUCAAAGGUCUCCGUCAUCCCCCACAAACUCUUCUACUACCCGCACUACGAGGUGCCCCUGGCGGCAGUUCUGGAAGCUUACACCGAAGGCGCGGAGGACUUGAGAAAUGAAGACGCGGAUCUCGAAGACCCCGAUGAUUAUUUGCAGGACCUGGACUCAAGGGAGGAGGAGGCUGAUGACUCUCAGAGUGGCUGCAGCUUUUUGGUGACAGGCGAGGACCUUCCCGGGGCCAGUGACCAGUUGCCAUCUCUCACCAGGGGGCCUGUGGGCACCCAACCAGCCCCAGACCCCAUGUCCCCAGCCCAUCAUGAGGACCGCCAGCAAGGCGAGGCCAAGAAGAAUGACCCCGCAGAGAGCAAUCAGUCCCAGAAAUCCCCGAACUCGGAAGACUCAGCCAACCCUGUACAAGAAAAGGUAACGGAAGAACCAGUCAGCAGUAAAAAAAAGGAGAAAAGGAAACAUGUGGAUCACGUAGAAAGUUCAAUAUUUAUAGCACCUGGAACCGUUCGAUCCUCAGAUGACCUAGAAGAAGACGCUCCUGAUCACAAAAUCCUCUCCAGGACUAGUCAUAGCGACUCCAGCAUUUACAUCCGACGACAUACCAAUAGGUCUUUGGAAUCGGAUCAUUUUAGCUAUGUUCAAUUGAGGAAUGCCGCUGAUGUGGAUGACAGGAGAAACCGAAUGUUAACAAGGAAGGCCAACAACUCGGGUGAGGCCGUGUUGCCGGGCAGCCACAGCCCGCUGAGCGACUCGCUGACCCAGCUUGUCCAUCAGCCAGACAUGAUGUAUUUUAUUCUCUUCCUCUGGCUCCUGGUCUACUGCCUGCUGCUCUUUCCCCAGCUGGACGUCAACAGGCUCUGACAUGUGUGUCUGGAUAAUAAAGACGACAGGACCCUGACCAGGGCGGGGCUUCGUACUUCAUUUGCUUUUGGGGUUUGGCUAGGGCAUUGCUGCAGACACUUGAGGACGUCUGAGGAAAUGUAGCCACCCUCCCCUUUCUGGUGUUUCCUU